AGCUCAGGUAAUGAUAUACAAGAGUUCCAGUUACCUCAGGAUAGAAAGCCGUCAGAAAUGGACACUGUUGAAGAUUUGAGAAGGAAACUCCAUAACCUUGAGAAAAAAAAUUUGGAAUUAACCAGUCAACGCAAUCAAGAGUUGUCUCACUAUGAAAAAGAGAUAAUGAAAUUAAGGUUGGAACUUGAGAGAGGAGAGGCUCUUCGCCGAGGUCUGGAGAGUGAAAUAUCAUUUGCUAAAAAAGAGGCUCAUAUACAGAUGUAUUCUGUGGAGGACGAGCUAUGUGAUGUAAAAGCCAAACUUUUGGAACUGCAAGUACUCAACGACAAAUAUCAGCAGAAAGCAGCAGAGACUGAGAAAAUGUUUCAAAGUGCUCAGUGGCAGUGGGAGGAGGAACAACAAAGAUUUGCAGUGGAGAGGGAUAACAUCCGCAGAGUAUACCUUGCUGAGAUGGAAUUCCUUAUUGAAGAAAAAAUGAAAACAGAAAGGACUUGUCCGGAAAUGAAUACUGUCCUGAAAAACAUGCUCAGGAAGUUGAGGGAUAUAGAGGCAGAGCACCAUGGCUGCAGCCAGAUGCUGAAGCUCCAGGCCAAUCGUCUGGAUUUCAAGGAAAAACGUCAGGAGAGGCUCAUCAAGGAACUGGAGGCAGCUACAGUGAAAACAAAGAAACUGGAGGAAAAUGCUGAAGCAGCGAGACUAGCACAUAUAGAAUGUAAAUACACGACAGAAAUCAUGCAGUUAAGAAUUCAAGAACUUGAAGAUGCUCUGAAUGAAGAGCAAGGCGGCAGGAGAGAAGCUUUUAUAGUGGUAGCACAGAAAGAUUUCAGAGAGUCAGAAAAUGCACAGGAAAGAGGAAAAAAAGAGUAA